UGGCCGCCGGGCGCCGCCGGGCGCGGUCAGGUGGCGCAGGGGGGCGGCCCCUCCGCCCGCCCCCCCAUCCCAUCCCCCCGGCAAGGCGAGGGCGGUGAGCGGAGCGGCGGCUGCUCCGCACACCGUGGGGCCGCGGCCGCUCCUCCGCGGGGCCCGGAGCCGCCGCUUCCCCACCUCGGGGAAAGGUGGAGGCGUGAAAGCAGCGCGGUGCGGACGGUGAUUAGCUCGGUGAGGAAGCUUGUCCCCGCUCGGCGGCCGUAAGCCGUUCCCGCUCCCCCCCCACUCCACCCCUUGGGGGGGGGAGAGGCGGGGCUUCUGCUUUUCCCGCCUAAACCUCCGGGCGGGCGGGGGCUCCGACCUCUCGCCCCGUCGAGGCCCGGCGGCCAUGAAGCUCCUGCGCCUGCUCUGCCGCCACAAGACGGCCCUGGCACUGGGCGGCCUGUCUCUUUUCGCCGCGGUCCUGCUUUACCUGGCCAAGUGCACCUCCGAGGGCCUCCGGCCCCUGCCAGCUCCCCGCGGGCUCCCACACAACCAGCCUGCCGUCCUGCCGCCGCGGGCUGCCAGGGGCCAGCAGCCCCCGGCUGCCCCGCCGCCUUCCCCUGAGGAGACGGCUUUCCUCGCCGUGCUCGUCACCAGCGGCCCCAAGUACAGCGAGCGCCGCAGCAUCAUCCGCAGCACCUGGCUCUCGGCUGCCGGGCGUCCCCCUCACGAUGAUGUCUGGAGCCGCUUCGUGAUCGGCACGGCCGGGCUCGGGGCAGAGGAGCUUCGCAGCCUGGAGCUAGAGCAGAGCCGGCACAGAGACCUCCUCCUCCUGCCAGAGCUGCGGGAUUCCUACGAGAACCUGACUGCUAAAGUCCUGGCCACGUACGUCUGGCUGGAUCUGCACCUGGACUUCCAGUUUGCCCUGAAGGCUGACGACGAUACUUUCGUGCGCUUGGAUGUGCUGGUGGAAGAGCUGAGAGCCAAGGAGCCGCGUCGCCUCUAUUGGGGCUUCUUUUCUGGCCGUGGUCGAGUGAAAUCUGGCGGCAAAUGGAAAGAGAGCGCCUGGGUGCUCUGUGACUACUAUCUACCCUAUGCUCUGGGUGGUGGUUACGUGAUUUCCGCAGACCUGGUGCGCUAUUUGCGCCUCAGCAGAGACUACCUGAACAUGUGGCAGAGUGAAGAUGUCUCCCUGGGGGUGUGGCUGGCUCCCAUUGAUGUGAAGAGAGUGCACGACCCCCGUUUUGACACUGAAUAUAAGUCACGAGGUUGCAACAAUAAGUACAUAGUAACUCAUAAGCAAAGCAUCGAGGAUAUGCUGGAAAAGCACCAGACCCUGGCUAAAGAAGGAAAGCUCUGUAAGGAGGAGGUUAAGCUCAGGCUUUCCUACAUGUAUGACUGGGGUGUACCUCCCUCCCAGUGUUGCCAGAGGAAGGAUGGCAUCCCAUGAAAGUCUGAGGAAGGAGAAGGCAGAGUGUUGAUGGACUCCCUGAGCUCGGUUACUGUUACCUGGGGAGAGUCCCAGUAACUAGGGCUUAAAAAUUACUCAAAAGAUUUUGCACGAUUCAUUGUCAAGAUCAAUGAAACAUGAAACUCCUAAGAGCUGCUGAUGUGGCAUGAUGUAGAGAUGUUUAAAAAAAAAAAAAAAAUGAGAAAAAGCAUAGAAAGGCUCAUGACAGGAUUGAAGGCAAAUAAUAGGAUGCAAAAUAUGGAUAGUACAGAAAAUUUGGGGGAGAUAACCUGAAUGAAAAGUUGCUGGAAGAUUUUUAACAGAUUCUAAGAUUUAUUUGCUAAAGAUCGGGACAGGCCUUUAUGCUGUCUUUAAGAUUGUGAAACUAGCAUCUGCUGUUUAUUUCUUGGCAAGGAAGAAGUGUCAGUUUGGCAAGGUUUGAAUAUUUUAAUGGGGCCACAAAUCAGCUGCUAUUGCCAGUGGGAGCAGGUGGCUGGUUAUUGACACAAGCAGUCAAGUAAAGGGAACAAUUGUACCUAGGAUAUUUGCAUUAGGGGAGGGAGAGAGUCUCUUCUUUGGCAAGUGCUCCAAUUUACAAGAAUGGAAUUAUUAGACCUUCUGUAUAACUUGUCUCUAAGCAUUUUGUUGUUUUAAAGACAUCAUGUACAUAAAUUAUCUGGCAGCUAUGGAGUAAGUCUAUAUUUAGAAAGGUGGAUGAGUUACGGUAUUUGGCAGAUAGAGAUCACGUUAUCUUAUUUUGGGGGCAAAUAGUUAUGCUACAAAGCUAGCUUUCAGUUGUUAGGCAUAGUUGUUGUUCUUAGUUUAUUCUCCAAACACACUGUAUAUGAAGAAAUAUUUCCACUCCCAACAGUAAGUCAUCUCACUGACUACUACAAGGUCAGACGUUGUAGUCUUCAGAUUUAUAUUGUUCUGGAUUACUUCUGUAAAAUGUAAAUUAGCAGGAUGAGAUCCAUGGAAGCUAUUUGGAGUUCAAACAAGAUUGCCUUAAUGUGGGUACCUCAGCUAAGAAAGUAAACUGCGUAUAGUCAAGAGAAAGAAACCCCACAAAUUGUUGUUUGAGGAGAACUUCAUCUCUCUUUUCAGGAGAUACGUUGCAAUCUAAGGAGACUAAUCCACCAACAGUCACAUUUAGAUGCCCAAAGCUAGACUGAAUUCCCUCCUCUCCAAUAGCACCUUUUAGUGGAACUAAAAAUAAUUUUACAGCAUGUCUAAGAUAAUUGUUCAAGCUAUAUAUCAGUAAAUGGGAUUAUGUCCCUUAGUCCUGUCUACACUACAAAUAAUUCUGGUACUUGUCGGUGUCAAUGCAGCAUUGAACAGUAAACACAGACGGGACAUUCUUGGCUGCAGAAAAGAUUGCUUACACAAUUUCACCAUGCUAUUUAUAUCUUCAAACCUUUAGGUAAGCCUGUCAUUCAAACAUUGUUGAAUGGCAGAUGCUCUAAUACUCAGAAAUAAAUUUUUUUCCAGUACUAGCACAGAGCUACUGACUUCCAGUAAACUUUAUCAACUACAGAUCUUUCAGUAUAAGAGUUUUUACUUUUAUGCCUGAAGCACAUUCUUAAUUAUCAGUUUUACUGUUUGUUGCACAGUGCACUUUCAUACAAUUUAAUUUCCUCUACUCCCUAGGUCAGUGUCUGUUCCCACCUUUAGGAAGUGACAAAUUGCAAAGGAAAAAAAAAAGGGGGGUGCCAGUAUUUCUCUAUUCUUGCUUCUUAAAUUAGCAAGUUAACAAAUCAUACCAAAGGAAUCAAGUAUGGGAUUUUUUUAUUAUUGUUCUGUUUUGAUUAAAUUAUUGAGGAUUAAGAAAAGUCUUCUGCAAAGGAUGAUAAUUCUCUAUUUUGAAAAUUCAAACAAAUCUUUGGAUUCCUUCUAAAACAAAGGUAAAUUAAGAUAGUGAAAAAAAUAAGUUAUUUUAAGAUGUGUCCAUUCUAAUGCAUGCUUAUUUAUUGACAGAUAGGGAGAUGUGCUUUUCAGCAAAGUAUACUAUUCCAAACCAAGAAUUUAACAAGAUUACAGGAAAUUUAAAUUGGUUUUAGCAUUAAAAAAAAAAAAAAAAAAAAAAUCUAUCUACCAUUUGGGGUUCACUAGUAUUGUGUGUAUAUGUGUGAUUAAACGCUUGUACUGUGAGUAUUUAUUUAUAAUUAUUGAGAAUGUAUUAUGUAUAGGAAAAAUAAGAUCGUUCAAUGUCAUUUUAAAUUUGUUUAAGGUGGUACUGUAAUGUCCAUGAGAAUUACAUAUCAAGCAGCGCUUGAAUUUGUUGGUGUCCAAGCCAUUAUUUAAAGUACUGGGAUCUGAACUGCAGAUCAAGUGUCUGCUGCAUGUCUCAAGCUAGUAAGAAUGUACUGCUUAUCCAUUGCUAUCAAUAACAGUUCAUGGAAGUUGUUUACAUUGUUGACUUUGACUCUCCCUACCCACAACCCCACCCCCUCAAAAAAAAAAAAAAAAAAGUGUUUUUCAUUGCUAGCAAAAUUAAUGGUGGAGAAAUGCUGGAUCACUAUCUGCCGUUUGGCCCUAUGGAAAACAUUAUGCAUACGAAUACUUAAUAGAUAGGAAAUUCUUUGGAAGAGUUUCUUACAGACGUGUCAGGAAUAGCGUGCGCCCUGCAGUACCUGGUGUGGCAGAUCUGACAGCACCACGGUGCAUCAUGCGCCCAGGGCACUGCCUGCACGCUUGCAGGGUGAAGCUCAGAAGUGAUGGCGACCGCUCUUACACGCUUGAUAUCUGGAUCUUGGUCUGACACAGCUUCCUUCCACCCUUUUCUGUUUAAGGUUACCCAUGUUUUGCUCUAGUUGCAAAACAAAUUAAUAUGGAAGGCUUGACAGAUUCUUGUCCUUUGAUAAGUAGCUUUAGUUUUCUUAGUAGACACCCCCUUACUGCAAAUAUAGCACUUAGAUUUCAAUCCCAGUUAUCUGGGGAAUUCCACAAAAGUGAAAGAUGAAGUUUUUAGAUUUUUUUUUUUUUGGUAUUUUAAGAGCGAAUUGAAUCAUUUGGGAGAGAGCAGACAACCCACAUGUGUGGGAAAACCCAAACAAACAUUUAACUUGUGCAGGAUUCUUUUUUAAUAUUUUACUAGAAAGAAUUUGCAUGUGAAAAACCUAUUAAUGUUAUUUUGAGUAAUCAAGAAACAUCUGUAUAUUGCAUGAGUGAGUCACUAAAGUUUCAGUCCAAAAUUCAUUUUUGAGCCCGUUUUUUCUAAAGCAAAUUGUAAAGCACAUUUUGAAUAACAUAAGAAUUGAAUAUUUAAAAAGUAGUAAUUAAAAGCUAUCAAUCAUACUUUCUCAGGACCAGGUUCUGUAUUUCCUGACACCAUCUCAGGAGUCUAGUACAGGAUGUUUUUAUACUUGAAAAGCAUGAUGUGAUCUUUGUCUGUUCAAAGUCGGGAAGAGUCUGACUUCAGUGAGUCCAGCAUUUGGGAGAAUGUUUCUGUGCUGCUGAGAAAUAAGCAGUUUUUGUUCUUUAUAGCAGCUAUAUUAGAGUGGAAAGUUUUAUUGUGGGCCUUAAUGAAAAUAAAAUUUUCCAGGAACAGAUUUAUCCUCUUUUUUGUAGCCAUUCUUAGUGACAAUAGGUUAGUGAUAUGUUGAGCUUCUUAUUUUUCUUUAUAUAGUGUUUCUGCUGUUUUCCAAGUUUUCUCUUCAUAAAUACUUCGCAUUUUUAAUAUUAUUGUUAGUAUGGGGAAAAAUUAUCAUCUUAGAUUUUCUAGAUAUCAGUGUGUUACUGUGAGUUAGGCAACUGUGUCAAGGCUAUAAGCUUAUGUUGUCAUCCAUUCAGUUGAGUUGAUCUGUAACGCUAUUGAGCUUGUUGUUAUUUACAGUUUAUUUUUUAAAUCAGGCAUUUAGCAUUCUAUGAGAGCUAAAAGAUACAGUAGAGAAAUUAAUUGUUAAUGAUGUGCCCUCUCUGUGACCAUAUCUAAGACUUAAUACUGAAAUAUUUAAAGCUGACAAUGGCAUAAACUCAACUAGAAAGUUAAUUUUAUUUUCCAGUGGUUUUAAGUUAUGUGCAACAUGACUUAAUUACGUUAGCGUGUAAAAACAAGUAGCUAAAAUAUUAAUUGCCAUACUAAAUAAACUAACAGUUCCACUUAAACCCUUAAGCUUCUAAGAAUUCCUAUAGUCCAUUCAAGAUUAAAAAAAAAAAAAAAUCCAAUUUAGAAAUUACUAUUCCCGGAACUGAAUACUUUCUUUUCUGAAUGUCUAGCCUUGUUCAUGUGAAAUUUUCUCAAAUACAGCUUCUGGGUGUCAUGCUUUUGACAAAUGUUAUGAUUUUCUGUAGUUGAAAUGCCUCAUUUUUGUGCAUUUAAAUUUGAAUUUCAUAUCUGUUAACACUACUGUUUGGGGGGCCAAGGUGUUAGCUUUGCAGAUUUGAUUAAAAGCCCAGCAGCAUGGGAAGGUGAUUAAGAGUUGCAUUUCUGUUAGUUUCUGUUCAGCUCAGCUCCAGCAUCAGAGUUGAAAUAUAGUUUCGGUAUUACUGUGUGCUUGACAAACUGUCAACACCUACACUACUAUACAUUUUAUUUAGAACACACUGCCUGCAAGACUCAAAUCUGUUGCUACAUGUACCUGUAUAAGAUAUGCUUUUACCUUGGAACUGGAACUACUUUAUGCCAACAUAAUAUGCCAGUUAUUACUUUCUAAUACAGACUAAUUAGGUAAUGUCUAGUAGAACUUGUAAACAGAUCAGUCUGUUACUCGUAGCCUAUCUGAAGCUGAAGGAUACAACAUAAGUGUGCCUUUACAAAACAGAAUUAGUGUGGGGUACUGUGCUGAGUAUGUUUUAAACGAUUGAAUGAAAUUGCACAUUUUUUGCAGCCACAGAACUUGUACCAUUUGGGGAUGGGGUGUGGCACACAGUCUAUUUGCUCAGCAUUUAUAUAGGAAAUCAACUGCUAGAAACCUGAAGCUAUCUGUGAUGAUGAAAACUCUUGGUAACUGCGUGUGUUGUAUAUUUAUGUCCUUUCAUGUAUGCCUUUAUUGGCCAAAGGAUCUCUGCAGUGAUUUCUAAUAAAAGACUUUUGCUGUA